GGCUUUCCUGAGCCCACUCAAGAGCGAAGCAGGGUCAGCAAGCAGCCACCAUGUCUCAGAACACUCUCACCAUCUGCGUCUUGUGGUUCCUGGCUCUCUCCUCGGCCUGUUACAUCCAGAACUGCCCCAUUGGAGGAAAGCGAUCGGUCCUGGACUUAGAUGUCAGAAAGUGCAUCCCCUGUGGGCCUAGGAACAAAGGCCACUGCUUUGGCCCUAGCAUCUGCUGUGGAGCGGAGAUGGGUUGCUACUUCGGUACCUCCGAAACCCUGCGAUGUCAGGAAGAGAAUUACCUGCCGACACCCUGCGAGUCUGGCAGGAAGCCAUGCGGGCCCAAUGGUGGGACCUGCGCAGCUCCUGGGAUCUGCUGUAACAACGAGGGCUGCAUGGUGGACUCGGCCUGUGACGAAGAAUCACUGUUUUCCUGAGCACCCGCUACACAGGAGGGAUGAAGCCACAGGAUUUGCCAUCUACGAAACUGUGCAGUCCAGUAGGAUGCAUGAAUCCUGGCUGUGCUGCAGUCAUGUGCAGAAUCCUGGCAGUCAUUUAAAUGACAUCCCCCGCUAGAAAUAAAACUUGUAC